AUGGACAGUAACCCUCCAGAGAGUCGAAGAGGGGGCCAAGUGACUCCGGGGCCUGUUAGCAGCAGCAGCAGCAGCGGCGGCGGGAGCAGCAGCAGCGGCAGCAGCAGCAACAGCAGCAGCAGCAGCAGCAGCGUCCGGAGGCGGCAGCCGUCGCCGCCAUGCCGCAGCCCGCCAGCAGCUUCGGAGCUGCGGUCCCCUUCGCUCUCCUCGGGGCCGCGGGGCUCUCCCGCCGCCAGCAGCAGCAGCAGCAGCAGCAGCAGCAGCAGCAGCAGCAGCAGCAGGAGCGGCGUGGCGGGGCUGCUGCGGAGCUGCCUGCUGGCGCUGCGGCUGCCGGGGGCCGCAGGGCCCUUGAAGGGCGAGGGCCUGGGCUGCGUGUGGGGCCCCUGGGAAGCGGGGGCCCCCCGGGGGCCCCUGGGGGCGCUGGGGGCCCUGGGGGCCCCCCUGGAGCUGUGGAGAGCGCUGCAGCAGCGCGCUGCUGCUGCUGCUGCGCGGGCCCGCUCGCGGCUGAGCGUGCUGCUGCAGCUGCCGCUGCUGGUGCUGCUGCACCUCUGCCCCGCUGUGGGGCGGCUCGCAGAGUGGGCCUUCCACCUCAGUGCCCUGGGGGCCCCCGGGCUGCUGUACCCUCUGGCUUGCUGCUGCGUGGGGGUGUCUUCUCCCUUCGUGUCUUUGACAGCUUUGUGUCUGUGGCUGCUGGACCUUCUUGAUGCAGCACUAAUCACCCCACAAGCAGCAGCAGCAGAGUUUGCUUCUCUCGCGGGGGCCCCCCCGGCCAUCCCGCUGCUGGACCACUUCAACUUCUUCCCCGUCUGGGCCGAGGCCCUGGGCUGCGGGGCCCUCCCCAGCAGCAGCAGCAGCAGCAGCAGCAGCGCAGCAGCAGCGGCUGCUGCGGGCGCGGGGGGCCCCGCGGGGGCCCCCAGCAGCAGCAGCAGGUUCGCCGGGGGGGCCCCCGAGGGGCCCUGGGGCGGCGUCGACGUCUGGGGCCUCUGCCUCCCCCUGGGGGGGGGCCCCUCCCCCUGGAGGGCCCCCGAAGACAGGGGGCCCCUCUGGAACUCGGGGGCCCGGGGGGCCCUCCACCUCAGCAUUUACUGCCGCAUUAUUGUGGACAUUCCUUUGCUGACUUUGGCGCUGCACCUCUCCAGGUGGCUGCAUGCGCAGGGGGAGGCUUUUGGGGCCCCCCUGAGUUUGGGGGAGGGGGGGGGCCCCCAGGGGCCCUGGCGGAGGCCCCUGGAGGCCCUGGGGGGCCCCCAGCUCCGGGGCUUCCGCAGGGGCCCCCCGGCGGCCGCCGCUGCUGCGGGGGACUCCGACGCCUCCAGCCCCCCCAGCAUCAGCAGCCUCGGCAGCAGCAGCAGCAGCAGCAGCGGCGCCAGCAGCAGCAGCAGCAGCAACAUCACCACGCCCGUCCCCUCGCCCCCCAGCGGGCCGCUGCAGCAGCAGCAGCAGCAGCAGGGGCCCCCCG